AUGCCUGACCACGCUGCUCUCCUGGCGCACAUCGUGGCGCAAACACGCCAGAACGUAGAGUUCCUGGUAGCCCAAGGAGAGCUUUCGCGACCCGACGGAAACGUGAUCUUGAAUAAGCUACCCACUGCAAGCGACAUCUCUGUGCGCGAGCUUUCCGACAAUACGCGGAGGAUGGCAUUGCCAGAGGCACCAGCGGCGCCAUCAAUACCAUCGAUGCCGGUCGUGAAUAAUGCCCGGUCGCCACCUCCGCCAGCUCCUACACGUCGCACCACGCAGGCGAGGACGCUUUGGGCGUACAACGAGGAUGGGUCUGAACCGAAUGAUCUGUCAUUCCGCGCGGGCGACGUGAUCGAGAUCGUCGACGAGACCAACGCGGAUUGGUGGACAGGUCGCUAUAACGGGCGCGAAGGUCUAUUCCCAUCCAACUACGUCGAAAAGAUACCAUCUUCUUCGCCGCCCUCCUACCCGCCGCCGAACAACCGUACCUUCUCUGCCCCUGCUGGGCCACCAUCCAACCAGAACUACAGUAAUACUGGAUACGCGUCGCCUCCGCCUCCGAACCCAGGGUAUGCUGGUCCGCCGCCACCACAGCAGUAUGGGGCUCCGGCGCCCUACCAGCAGUACCCCCAGCAGGUGGCACCUCCACCUCCUCAGCAACAGGUUGUACAAGAAGCACCGCAGCAGCAGAAGCCCAGUCGGUUUGGCGGUGGCGGGCUGGGGAACCUCCUUGCCACCAGUGCGGUUGGCGGUGUGGGUUUCGGAGCGGGUUCGGCCGUCGGUUCAGGCAUUGUCAAUGCCAUCUUCUAG